CGUCACGCGGAAGUCAUUCUGCCAAGAUGGCAGCGUCCUUGAUAAGCAUGUUUUGAUUUCAGAGGAGUGUCAAACAUGAAGCACACCGGCAAUUCAUGAUCGACACGGCUGACGAGAAGCUGACAGGAUAAGACUUUGAAAGCGGAACAUGGAAAGAAGGGAGUUCGUCGCGUCCCUUGUGGCGGGAGGCUGUGCGGGGAUGUGCGUGGAUCUGACCCUCUUCCCGCUGGACACCAUUAAGACCAGACUGCAGAGCCAGCAGGGCUUCAACAAGGCGGGGGGCUUCAGGGGCAUCUACGCCGGGGUCCCGUCCGCUGCCGUCGGCUCCUUUCCCAAUGCUGCUGCUUUCUUUGUCACCUAUGAGUGUACGAAGUCCCUGCUCGGCGCUGGAGGACCGCUGGCAGCACCACACGUAGCACCUGUCACUCACAUGUUGGCUGCCUCCCUGGGAGAAAUAGUGGCGUGCCUGAUCCGGGUGCCCACAGAGGUGGUGAAGCAGAGAACCCAGGCUUCCCCCUCCAGCACCACCUACCAGAUGCUGCUGGCAACUCUCAGAGAAGAGGGUGUCAGAGGCUUGUACAGAGGAUACAGGAGUACAGUUCUCAGAGAGAUCCCCUUCUCUCUGGUGCAGUUUCCGCUGUGGGAAUAUUUAAAGACUCUGUGGUCGUGGAGGCAAGGUCACACGCUCUACUCUUGGCAGGCUGCAGUGUGCGGAGCUUUUGCAGGCGCGGUAGCAGCAUUUGUGACCACUCCUCUUGACGUGGCCAAAACCAGGAUCAUGCUUGCAAAGGCUGGGACGGCCACAGCGAGCGGCAACAUCCCGCUGGUGCUCUAUGACGUGUGGAAGAGCAGAGGGCUUACAGGUCUGUUUGCCGGCAGCAUACCGAGGAUGACCUUCAUCAGCGUGGGCGGCUUCAUCUUCCUGGGAACCUACGAGAAGGUGCGCCGCGUCCUGUUAUAGCAGCCGGGCCCGUCCGACCAUCGCCGUCCCAAACCCGGGCAGAGCUGAGGCGCAGUAGGGGAAGCCUCUCUGGCAGGGAAUGGCACCCUGGUCCCCUGGAGGUCCAAGCCUAAACCCACCCACACUCCCCCGCCCAGAAGGGCCCCCGCACUGUCUGCUGUGGCCGGAGAAGCAGGAACACCUGGUGCUCGGGAGAAGAGUCAUCCAUCCGCCUGAUCGCAUUACCUAGGGCUCUGCAUUCCUGCUCAUCAGUGCCUUGCGGAUUGAGUUUAACAGCCCGCGGCCUCCCUUCUUUAACAGCACCGACGGUUUCCCAAAUGAAACCCACACCCCGUCUCACAAGACAAGCUAUUAAGCAUAUUUACUGUAUAAAUCAUGUGUGUGAAUGAAUGAAACAUGGUAUUAAAGACAGUAUUUUUUUUUUUAAACUUUGUGAGUAUGACAUUUGAGAUUACAUUUGUUCCCUUUGGGCUACCCAUUAUGUUUUGUGGACACUUAGAUCUUAGUGUUCCUCAUAUUUUUUUUUUUUUUCCCCCCACUGGCUGUAUAGUAAAAUCUCUAGUGAGCCAAGCCACCUGUGUUUAAGACCCACUGGGGAGAGAGACAGUCAUAUCUCACCAUUGUUCACAUCCUGUAGGAGCACCGCUGAGCUCAUCCACCUGCAAGGGCUUUAAUUUUGCACCGCAGUAACAGAAAAUUCUCCAAAUGUCCAGUAAUGUAGGUUUAUUAAGAGACCCAAUGUCCUGCACAAGCUGUAUUUUUAUUCUGGGGUUAUUUGGCUGUUUAUUUCCUCUUACACUGUAAUAGCAUUUUAUUAGGUGAUUGCUCGCUGCUCUCUCUAAUUCUAUGAAGCAUUUCUGGUGUUUUCAUGGUCUUAAAAAGCUGGUUAGUUGUGUGUUUGUGUGGUGUCCUUCAGUGGUAGGUUUGCAGGCAAGCUGAAGACUUAAUAUCCUGUCAGGGGCACAGAGAGAUGGAUAGUCUCACAGGUGGGAGUGUUUGUCACACUGCCUGUCACUAGGCCGGCGGACAACAAUAGUCGACGUGUGAUUGGUGGAGGCCAGGGCCGGGGGCAUGUCAAUCAUCCAGUGACAAACACUCAUCUGGAAUGCACAUUCUGGCCAGCUACUGACCCUCGCUCAGCCCUGAUUCAACAGCAAAUAUUUUAAACAGCCCACAGUAGGAAAAAUAUGCCUGCUGUCUUUGGAGCUUAGGGAGUCAGGAGACAACCCCGGUUGGAAGAUUACCUUCAUGUGUGUUUGUGGUCCAGGCAGAAGCUGCUUCAAUUCUUUGAAGAUCAAGGUCUUUGGAUUUCAUGACUUUGUGCAUGCCUCGUUUGAAUUGAUGGCUUUUCCAUAUCCACUGUGACCAUGUAUGCAGUAGUAAAUGCUUGGUCAGCUGUUUGAAAUA